AUGAGCCUCCCGCUCCCGACCAUGCGGCUGCGCCCGGCUACCGCAGCCGGGCAGCUGCGGCGCUCGCGGCCAGCGGCCCCAGGCGGCGACCUGGGCCGUGGCCGCCCGUGCCGGGCCACUCCGCCUGGUGGUGGGCCCGCCAGCGACGCGAAGAGCAAGGAGCAGAUCACGCCCGAGAAGGUGCUUCUCGCGGACGACAACCUCUUCCCGUACACCGUGGACGGCCUGCCGUACCCUGACGUCAGCAUUGAGAACGUCAUGCAGAUUCCGACGCUCCGGAAAAAGCUCAAGAAACGCCCGCACCCGCUGCGGCACUGCAACAACUUUGGCUCGGGCUUCGUAGGCGACCGCGACAUCAUCGGCCUCAACACGGUCAGGUACGAGAGCGUGUCGUCUUCCGGCGCGUCGUGCGUCGACCCGCACCGCUCGAUGGACCCGGACGCGGUCUGCACGGUCGGCGAGUCCUGGGCGAUCCGCUCGGGCCCUCGCGCGGACAUUUACUGGGAGCCCGCCUCGGUCACCGCGGCCGUCGUGACGUGCGGCGGCCUCUGCCCGGGCCUGAACGACAUCAUCGAGUCCAUCACGCUCGCGCUCCUCGACUACGGCGUCCCGGAGGACCAGAUCCUCGGCAUCAAGUACGGCCUGCGCGGGUUCACCGACCGCAACAUCAAGCCGGUGCCGCUCACGCGCGAGCGCGUCGAGGGCAUCCACCUCAAGGGCGGCACGAUGCUGGGCACCUCGCGCGGCAACGCCGGCGUCGACCAGAUCGUCAAGAAGCUCGACUUGUGGGGGAUUGACAUGCUGUACGUCCUGGGGGGCAACGGCGGGAACGCGGCCGCGUGGGCGAUCCACGAGGAGUGCAUCAAGCAGGGGGUGCUGUGCAGCGUGGUGGCGGUGCCGAAGUCGAUCGACAACGACAUCCUGGUGAUCGACCGCACGUUCGGGUUCGAGACGGCGGUCGAGGAGGCGCAGCGCGCGAUUCUGGCCGCCAAGGUCGAGGCGAGCUCGGCGCGCAACGGCAUCGGCGUCGUGCGGCUCAUGGGCCGGCAGUCGGGCUUCGUGGCGCUGAACGCGUCGCUGGCGACGGGCGUGGUGGACAUCUGCCUGAUCCCGGAGGUGAAGUUCGAGAUGGAGGGGAAGAACGGGCUCAUGGCGUACAUCGAAGAGGUGCUCGCGACCAAGGGCCACUGCGUGAUUUGUGUCGCGGAGGGCGCGGGCCAGGACAUCCUGGCGGACGAGGCGCAGGGCACCGACCCGAGCGGAAACCCCAUCCUCGAGGACGUCGGCGCGUGGCUGUCGCAGAAGAUCAAGGACAAGUUCGCGAAGAACGUCGACGUCAAGUACAUUGACCCGACGUACAUGAUUCGCGCGAUCCCCACGACGGCGAACGACCGCAUCUACUGCACCGUUCUGGGCCAGGGCGCCGUCCACGCGGCGUUCGCGGGGUACACGGGCAUCACGACGGGCCUCGUCAACACGCAUUUCUGCUACCUCCCCAUUCCGGCCAUCAUCGCGGCGCCGCGGCUGGUGGACCCGCGCGGCCGGACGUGGAACCGCCUGAAGAUGCAGAACGGCCAGCCAGACUUCCUGAACACGCCCGAGGACGGCGCCCCGUGGACCUGA